GGGGAGGGAGGCCCGCUGACAUCAGCCCCCGGGAAGCUGGGCCGCCGGGCACUGGCCCGGGCCCGUUCAGUGCCCUGAGGAUGCGGUGAUUGGGACCCGCUCCCCCCCGGGAGGGGCGCCGCCUGCGCUGGGGACUGGGUGCCGGGGACGGGCGGCAGGAUGCUGUCCGAGCAAGCCCAGAAGUGGUUCCCGACCCACGUGCAGGUCACGGUGCUGCAGGCCCGAGACCUGAGGCCGAAAGGCAAAAGUGGCACCAAUGACACGUACACGAUCAUUCAGCUGGGCAAGGAGAAGUACUCCACCUCCGUAGCCGAGAAAAGCCUGCAGCCCGUCUGGAAGGAAGAGGCCUCCUUCGAGCUCCCCGGCUUGCUGGUGCAGGGGAGCCCCGACAAGUACAUUCUGGUCCUCACAGUGAUGCACAGGUCCCUGGUGGGGCUGGAUAAGUUUUUAGGGCAGGUGGCAAUCAACCUCAAUGACAUCUUUGAGGACAAACAAAGAAGGAAAACAGAGUGGUUUAGAUUAGAAUCCAAACAAGGAAAAAGAGCCAAAAACAGGGGUGAGAUAAAGGUCAAUAUUCAAUUCAUGAGGAACAAUAUGACAGCAAGUAUGUUUGACUUAUCAAUGAAGGAUAAAACAAGAUCUCCUUUUGCAAAAUUAAAAGAUAAGAUGAAAGGUAGAAAAAAUGAUGGGACAUUUUCUGAUACGUCUUCUGCAAUCAUUCCAAGUUCUCACAUGGUGGAUGCCAAUAAUGAAUUUUCAAGUGGUGAAGUACAGAUGAAAUCUAAACCAAAAAAGCCUUUCCUCCUGGGCCCUCAGCGCCUCUCCUCAGCGCACUCCAUGUCUGACUUAACCAGGGCCCACGUGUCUUCUGAGAAACUGAAGCCUGGCACCGUUGGCCAAACGCAUCUUCUCGGACGCCAGAUAGAGGCCUUUGGAGCAGUGCCAGAAAGUGGAAGUCUCAAAUCUCCACACAGAAGAACAUUAAGCUUUGAUACUUCUAAAAUGAACCAACCCGACCGCAGCGUGGAUGAAGGUGCACCGUCUUUCGGAAGACAACAUGACCCAUUUACAAAUGUGACGGCUUCAUUACCCCAAAAAUUUGCAACACUGCCAAGGAAGAAAAAUCCAUUUGAAGAAAGCAGUGAAUCCUGGGAUAGCAGCAUGACUUUGUUUUCAAAACCAAUUGAAGUAAGAAAAGAAAAUAAAAGAGAGAAAAGGGAGAAAGUUAGCCUGUUUGAAAGAGUGACGGGAAAGAAAGAUAGCAGAAGGUCUGAUAAACUCAACAGUGGGGCAGCCGAUAGCCCCAGUGACUUGAAAUCACCUAAUGCGUUUAGUGAAAAUCGUCAGGACUAUUUUGAUUAUGAGUCAACUAAUCCGUUUACAACAAAAUUCAGGGCUUCAAAUAUAAUGCCAUCUUCAAGUUUUCAUGUAAAUCCGACAAGCAGUGAAGACCUCAGGAAAAUCCCGGACAGCAACCCUUUCGAUGCCACUGCCGGCUACCGCAGCCUGACCUACGAGGAGGUCCUGCAGGAGCUGGUGAGGCACAAGGAGCUGCUGCGCAGGAAGGACACGCACAUCCGGGAGCUGGAGGACUACAUCGACAACCUCCUCGUGCGGGUCAUGGAGGAGACGCCCAGCAUCCUCCGCGUGCCCUACGAGCCGUCCAGGAAGGCUGGCAAGUUCUCCAACAGCUGACGAGCCGUGUGUGCUGCCUGGGUAAUUGGGGGCAGAAGGAGGGGAAGGAAAGGAAAGAGAGAAGGAAAGACCUGUUGCCGGAAGAGACUGCACUUGCAGGUUUCAGUCCAGGCUCGUCCGUUGUGCAAAGGUGUUUUACUUGUAAAUAUGAGCGGGGACUGUCAAGAGUGACCUUUGAAGUGAGCUCAAUAAUGAAAACUUUGAAAGGGAAAAGGGCCCGAUUCCAGUAGGUCAGCAGCUCCCUGGGAUUCACUGGGGCGCUGGCCGGCCCGCUCACCUGCCCGAGGCCCAGGCGUGUCUUCAGAAGUCGUGGCUCAUUCCUCAGGAAGAUUUCUCAUGACUUGACAUUGUGAGAAUUGAUAC